AUGAAAUUUUCAACUUUAUCGUUUUCAGUCUUAGUGUUGUUUACAACCAAUGUCUUUGCUCAUUAUGUUCCUGGUUUUGAUUCAUUACAAGUUCAAGUUUCAGUUGCUAAAAGAGCUACAAAUUUGUUGGAUCCAACUUAUACCUAUUUACCUGAUAAAGCACUUGAUUUUAUAAAUCUUCACAUCAAAAAUUUAACAAAUUUUAACGGUACAAAAUGUGAUACAUGUAAAUACAGAAUUAAAUAUGGUAAAUCAUUAAUUGAAGAAUUUCCAGAUCAACAACAUUUGGUCAGUUUAUUACUUUUUAAAUUUUGUAUAAUUCAAAAUAAUAAUACUGAAAGUAAAUGUGAUAAUAAUGAUUUUUUUGUUACUACUCAACCAAAAAGUUCAAGUAUAUUAAACAAUACUUAUGAUUCAGGAUAUGGAUUAGAUACAAGUAUAAAUUUUUAUGAUAAUGAUUUUUUACAUAUGUUAAAAAAUUUUAAUACAUCAAGUGAAUUAGAUUUAGAAUAUUAUUGUUUUUACAAAGGUAAUUCAGCAUGUAAAUUACCAAAAACUCAAGAUGUUGAUAAAUUUUACGGUGUUCAAAAUUGGUGGCCAGCAAAACAACCUCAACAUCAUUUUCAACCGAAUUAUACAAAUAAUACUGAAAGAUUUAAUGUUUUACAUAUAACUGAUUUCCAUAUUCAACCACAAUAUGCUGUAGGUGCUGAAACUAAUUGUUCACAAGGUAUUUGUGGGUUUGAUGAAUCUUUCAAUACUGCGCUACCAGAUAAAAAUUAUAAUUUUACCAAUUAUUAUAAAAAAUUCAAUCCAAAUAUUUCUUCAUUUGAAUUAUCAUUUUAUCCAGAUGCAAGAUAUGAAAACCUGACAUAUAUCAAAGGUGAAUUAUAUGAUAUACCAAAGACUAGAGGUUGGAAUUUCGCUAAUGCUCCAGGAACAAGUUUUGGUGGCUAUAAAUGUGAUUCUCCAGAAUUAUUAAUGAAUAAUUCAUUAGUUGAAGUAGCUAAAUUGCAUCAACAGAAACAGUUUGAAUUCGUGGUUUUCACUGGGGAUUUAGUUGACCAUAACUUGCUCACAUGCACUGCAGAAAGAACAAAGCAUGAUGAAAUUCGAAGUUUUCAAUUAAUGAAGCACUAUUUAAAUAAUAUUCCAGUUUUACCAUCUUUGGGAAGUAUUUUCCCAUACGCUCAAUUACCACCUCUUCACCUUGGUAAUGAAUCAAUGGACCAGUUCCAGUAUAAUAUUGAUGAAAUGGCUGAUCUUUGGAUCAAUAAUGAGUGGUUUGAAGAAAAAGAUAGAAAUGAUUUAAAAAGACAUUAUUCUGGAUUUUCAUAUGUCACUAAUAGAGGAUUAAAGCUCAUUGGUUUAAACUCUAACAGUUACUAUCAAAAGAAUUUAUAUUCUUACGUCAAUUUAGCUGCUAAUCCGGAUAGUUUUGGUACUUGGAAGUUUCUUAUUGAUGAAUUAGUUGAAUCUGAAAAGAAAGGACAAAGAGUUUGGAUUCAAGCUCAUAUUCCAGUUUCUGAUUUUGAUACAUUACCAUUACAAAGUAGAAUCUUUGGUAAGAUAGUCGAACGUUUCAGCCCUUAUACAAUUGCUAAUAUCUUUUAUGGUCACACCCAUUUGGACCAGUUCCGAGUCCUUUAUUCAAGUAAUGCAACUGCUGCAACUGCUGUAGAAAAAGAUAUUGUAAAUUUAGCUUGGGUUGCACAAUCUGUUACUCCAAUUGGAAGUUUUAAUCCAGCAUUCAAAUACUAUGAAGUAGAAAAUGAGAGUUUUAAUAUCAUGAAUGCUUACAAUUAUUUCACAUUUUUGAAUGAAACCUUCGUUAACGGUGGAAAAGAACCGGUUUGGAACUAUGAAUAUAGUGCAAGAGAUUACGGUUCAGAUUGGCCACAAGAUGCUCCAUUGAAUGCUACUUUCUGGCAUAAUAAUGUUAUAAAGAAAUUAGCCAACCAAACUGAUAUUAGUUUCAAUCAAAAGUUUGCAAGCUUACAAUAUAGAUAUGGUCCAGGUGCUCCGAAAUGUGCAAAUGGAACUGUUAUAUCUGAUGAUUGUUAUGAUGAGAAUUAUUGUGUCAUGGCUAAUUUCUAUUCUGAUGAUUAUCAAGCUUGCCUUAGAGGUUAA